UCUCUCUCUCCGCUAAAGUUCUUUUGAUCUUGGAGGUCGAACAGGUUGGGAUUUCCAUCUUGGUUUGGGUUCGCCAAAGGAUAUUUUUGUUGGUCUUUGAUCUAUAUUUUCAUCGGGAAAUGCUGUUAUUGAUCUUGAGAUUGAGUUACCUAGAACUUGCGGUCAUGGAGAAGUGGCUCUCAAAUGUCAUUAUUGGGGGUGAAAUAGGGGUUAGCGGAUUUCAAACUGGGGGCUGAGUGAUGGGCCUGCUGUAUUCUAUUUAUUUGAAUCGUCCGUGUUUCCAUCAAUGGCAUCAAAAACCAGUCCUAGAACUUUCUCAGAGCAGCAGCAGCAGAAGAAGGUUGGUUCUCAGAUAGCAGACUCUAAUGCCCGCAGGCCUUCGCCUUUGCCGAUCACAAAAACAAGCAAAUCAGAGCCAGUUACGCCGAAAAAACUUCCAAAAUCAGCGCAGCAGGUGAUCUCAAAGCAGAUAGCUACAGAAGUUUCAGUGAAUCGCACACCCUCUCUGCACCAAAAGGGGUCCAUCGAUCCUUCACCCGACAAGGUUACUUCGAAAUCUGCACGUUUUCCAGACAUAAGUAAUUUGAACUUAUCCUUGGAAUCUCCAAAAGAGCCAACCCAACAAGUAGAUGCUGUAGGACAGCGUCAGAUAAAUGGGACUGCAGGCACUUUGGAAAGCAAUGGGGAUCAAGAAAAGAAAACAUCGGAAUAUAGCAGCGUGAAGGAUAGCUUGGCUUCUGCGAAAGUCAGCGAUGGGACCAGCAGUAUCACUAAGACUAGCGGAAGCGCGAAAAUCAGUGACCGUGCCGAUUGCGUUGAGAGUGGUAAAAGCAGCAUGUGUAGGGGUAGCACAAGCAGUGACGUGAGUGAUGAAAGCACUUGUAGCAGCAUAAGUAGCAGCAUCAACAAACCCCACAAAGCAAAUGAUUCGAGAUGGGAAGCCAUUCAGGUGGUCCGGGCAAGAGAUGGGGUUUUGGGUCUGAGCCAUUUCAGGCUGCUGAAGAGGUUGGGGUGUGGAGAUAUUGGCAGUGUCCAUCUGGCGGAGUUGAGUGGGACCAAGAGCUACUUCGCAAUGAAGAUAAUGGAUAAAGGGUCUUUGGCUAGCCGUAAGAAGCUGCUUAGAGCACAGACAGAAAGGGAGAUAUUGCAAUCUCUUGACCAUCCAUUCCUUCCAACGUUAUAUACUCAUUUCGAAACCGAUAAGUUCUCAUGUUUGGUGAUGGAGUUCUGCCCAGGAGGAGACCUUCACACCCUUCGGCAAAGGCAACCGGGGAAACAUUUUACUGAACACGCAGUGAAGUUUUAUGUAGCAGAGGUCCUCCUUUCUCUGGAGUACCUCCACAUGCUCGGUAUCGUCUACCGGGAUCUCAAGCCUGAGAACGUCCUUGUAAGGGAGGAUGGCCACAUCAUGCUAUCCGAUUUCGAUCUCUCCCUCCGCUGCACCGUCAGUCCAACACUUGUCAAGUCCUCGUCCAUUGAUUCCGAUCCCCUUCGGAAGAACCCUGUCUACUGUGUCCAGCCCGCCUGCAUUGAGCCCUCCUGUAUUCAGCCUUCAUGUGUGGCCCCCACCACCUGCUUCUCCCCCCGCCUCUUCUCCAGCAAGUCGAAGAAGGAACGGAAGGUGAGGAAUGAGAUUGGGAACCAAGUCAGUCCCCUGCCAGAGCUCAUCGCAGAGCCAACUGGGGCCCGCUCCAUGUCAUUUGUUGGGACUCAUGAGUACCUAGCACCGGAGAUCAUCAAAGGUGAGGGUCACGGGAGCGCGGUAGAUUGGUGGACGUUUGGGAUCUUCCUAUAUGAGCUCCUGUUUGGGAAGACUCCAUUCAAAGGGUCAGGGAACCGGGCCACGCUGUUUAACGUUGUGGGCCAGCCCCUCCGGUUCCCGGAGUCUCCGUCUGUCAGCUUCCCAGCAAGGGAUCUAAUAAGGGGGCUGCUUGUGAAGGAACCACAGCACCGGCUGGCAUACAAGCGUGGGGCAACGGAGAUCAAGCAGCACCCCUUCUUCGAAGGCGUGAACUGGGCUCUGAUACGUUGCGCGAGCCCACCAGAGAUCCCAAAGCCGGUUGAGAUUGAGCGAGCCCCACCACCAGCGGCAUCGACAAGUGAGAAGGCCGCUGCAGCAGCCCCUGCUGGUCACAAGGGUUCAGAUAAUUAUUUGGAAUUCGAUUUCUUUUAGUGAUUUUUUUUUUUAAUCCUUCCUGAACUUGUGCAAUUUGUUGUAUUGAGAGGGAAGUUGUAGAGGUUCUGAAGAAACAUUUCAAAUAUGAUGAUGGAUGGUGAAGAUGUUGAUGGCGAUGAUGGAUGAUGAGGAAUGGUGAUGAUGAUGGUUUUUUAGAUUGUUUUAGAUGGUUGCCUGUUGUUGUUGUUGCUGCUGCUGCUGUUACAAGUGGAGUUUUGAAAUUUGUAAUGUUCUGAAGAAAUGCUGAAAUGGGUUUUAAUUCUUAUAUCUAAAUAUCAUUUAAGAGGA